AACAAAAGGAAAAAAAGGAAAGGUCCGCGCGCUGCUGGACGGACACAACCCCCCUCCCAACCCCACCACCCCUCCAUCCGUGCCUCAGUAGCUUCGGCUGCCUCCGUGGGACGAGCAGAGCUGUAUGUAAAUCUCUCCGGUUCGGGGGGCUCACGCCUGUGAGUCCGCCUCUCCGCGCGCGCCGCUGACGCACUUUAAAGCCUCCCCUUCCCCUCCGAGCAGCGACCAAUCACCAGCACACGGGCUCCACGGGAAAGCGGCUUCACGGGACUAAUUAGACUCUCCUGAACUGACCACACCGCCUGGACAAGCCGGGAGAAAGAAACACGACAAACAACAACAACAACAACAAACCCCGACACAUCCAUGGACGCGCUGGAGGACUCGGCGAUGCGUCCGCAGCCGCAACAUUUCUGAAGAACUCCUUCUUCCUCCUCUUCUUCUCCUCCUCCUUCCUCUUCUCCUGCUCUGGUUCCUGCGCUGCGGUCCCGCGUGUGGAGUAAACUUUGUUUGGAUUUUGAGAUCUUCUCGCUCUUCUUCUCCUUCUCCUUCUUCUUCUCUCUCCUCCUUAAAGACCAUGUUUCAGCCCGCGCCCAAGCGCUGUUUUACGAUAGAGUCACUGGUGGCCAAGGAUAAUCCUCUACCGGUGGCGGCGUCUCGCGCCGAAGAGCCCGUGCGACCAGCGGCGCUCAGCUACGCCAACCCGAGCCCCGUCAGCCCCUUCCUCAACGGCUUCCACCCGGGCGCGCGGGCCGUCUACUCCAGCCCGGAGCUCGUGUUCGCCGAGGCCGUGUCGCACGCGCCGGGCUCCGCCGUGCCCCCGGUGCACCCGGUGGCGCCGCACGCGCACGCGCUCGCCGCCCACCCGCUCUCGUCCUCGUCCACGUCCUCGGCGCACGGGCCGCACCCGCUUUUCGCCGGACAGCAAAGGGACCCUUCCACUUUUUACCCCUGGUUGAUACACCGGUACAGAUACCUGGGGCACAGAUUUCAAGGGAACGAAACGAGUCCGGAAAGCUUCCUUUUGCACAAUGCACUGGCCAGAAAGCCCAAGAGGAUCCGCACGGCGUUUUCUCCCUCCCAGCUCCUGCGGCUCGAGCACGCUUUCGAGAAGAACCACUACGUGGUGGGAGCGGAGCGCAAGCAGCUAGCCCACAGCCUCAGCCUCACAGAAACUCAGGUAAAAGUUUGGUUUCAGAACCGAAGGACGAAGUUUAAGCGUCAGAAGCUCGAAGAGGAGGGCUCGGACUCCCAGCAGAAGAAGAAGGGCACCCAUCACGUAAACCGAUGGAGGCUAGCCACCAAGCAAGGCAGCCCGGAGGAAAUAGACGUCACCUCGGACGAUUAAAACUGAAAAAAA